CAUUUGAGAAGCAGCCAGACUGCGCUUCACAGAGGAGCCUACUUGACACGUCCGCCGCGGCCAAGACAUCUCCAUCACCGCUGUCUGGACACAUUCUAGGAAAGUAGGCUAGAGGGCACCAGCGGAGAUUACGGGGGAAACGGAGGUGCGCCCAUCAAAGAAGCUGUGUCUACGGAGCAGAGCAAUCAUUUCUGUUUAAUAACUAUCAAAUAUCACAUUACGCUGGCAGUAAGGUGACCUGAUGAAAGACUAAAGGCUUAGCCUAUACACUGUAACUUUUAUUAAGUUUCAUACAGCCUUGUUUUCUUUUCAUUCAUUUAUAAGAGCAUCGGCUGCUGAAAAAGCAAGUAGCCUAAUUCACGUGAAUAUCCGGUUGGGAUUAGUUUAUUAAGGGAGGACGCGUAACCAACCAUCUCUUCUCUCCCGUGAAACACGCCUGGCGAUGCUGACUGGUCUCUCUCUCCGCCCCGAGUCCUAAAGGGAAUUCGCUCCGUUUCUCAAGGGGCAGUCGACAUUCGCCGUCCCCUGUUGAAUGAUACACGCUCGAAAUGAAAAGUUUCCUCGGCAUCUCUCAGAUCUUCGCGACUCUGCUGUUCAACUUCUCACCUGUCCAGGCCUCUACCUCCCUCAGCAAAGCCCAGAGUAAAGUGAUGGCGCCGCUGCUGUUCCACGAGGUGUGGGGGCGGAGCCUGUGCCGAGCGCUGGAGCGCAUGGUGGAGGUGGCGCAGGAGUACCCUGGCGUGGUCGAGUACGUCUUCAGCCCCGGCUGCGUUCUCCUGAGUCGCUGCUCGGGUUGCUGUAGCGACGAGAACCUGGAGUGCUACCCCACUCUCACCCAUAACGUCACCAUGCAGCUCCUGCGGAUAACUCCCUCGGAGAAGACCAGGAGCUACGUGGAGCUGAGCUUCAUGGAGCACGACACCUGUGAAUGCAGGCCAAAGAGGAGUUAUUUGACCAACAAGAGUGGACGCAGGCUUGGCGGACGAGCCAGGAGGAGAAAAGACAGGAAACGGGGGAGAAACUGUGGCAAGUGUGUUCACCCACGCAGCCUCUAGACCUCUGCUUCCCUCGAGGCAGCGCCCGCAUUCCUCCUUCCUCGGACUGACCGCCGCCGGCCUUGGCACCGUGACAACCCCAUGCCCACGAUGACAUCAUAUGUACACUAACUUCAAUGAACAGCACGCCUGGUCCAUCUGCACACGUGCACGCAGGCAUCCGGAACACCAGUGACAUCAUCACCUUAACAUCUCAGAUUAUUCUAUUGAACAGCUCCAGGCUCUGACUGGGUGGGGGCCAGAUAUGGGCCACAUAUGGGCCACAAGUCAGCCAGUUACCAUCUAGAUCAUCCUGCCACUUGAAACAUUCACACAGAAUGAGUUUCUCAGACACCUUUGGGACCGAUUUCACCUUAACCAGAUGCACUUCACAGCUCAUUUGAUAGACUAUGACCCCAUCCUCAUACUGCAUCCCUGUGUCGACUGAGCGACAUAAGAGAAGUAGCCAACUGUAUCGGACAGGUGUAGGUUCUGUGGGUGUCUAGGCUACCUGUUGUGGACCACAGCAGCUGAAAGAUAUCCCUUUAUAGGCUACAGCCAAGGACACACAAUACCUUUAUCCCCGCAGACAGAUCGUCUGCCAGCAUACUAAACACUAAACUCUGUGUGUGGGUUGGACCCAAGGGGAUGUCUGCUUACGGGGAGUGGAUGAAAUAACACCAAUGCGGAGGGCUGGCCUGUCUGAAAAUUAAUAUUGUGUAAAUAAAGUAUGUUCAGUUGUUGAUGACGUUUCUUGUUGAGUGAUGGACUUGUAAAUAUGUCCUAAUGUGUUAUUAAAUGUA